GGUGAUUGAAUGCAAUCUGCCGGCAGCGGUGGCUCGGGCCGGAACCCCUCGGCUGGCCGGGCGGCUUCGGCAUCGCCGUCGUCGUCUUCCCAAUUUAGCCUGGACUCAUUGCAUCAGCAGCAGCAGAAGAUAGGUUCUAGGCAGGUGUGGAUUUUGAUUGGUUGAAGUGAGAUUUUGGUGGUUAUGCUGAAUUUUCUGUCAUGGUUUUGGUGGUAGCACACAUGUGCUCUGAUUACAGGUUCUGACCAAGUAUGUUAAUUUUUCCUAGGUUGUGUGGUGUUGGGAAAAAAAAAAGAGUUUCUGUUAGAAUUUUGCAUUUAAUACACUUGGUGGUUGGGUUGAGAUACCGAAGAAUAGUCUUCAGUUAGUUGUGUUGGUUGGUUAUUUUUUUAGUGGCAUGUUUUUUUUCUUUUUCCUUUUUAAAAUUUCCUUUUUUCAUGCUAAUUGAUUUUCAGUUGUUCAGAGCGUUGUUUAUGUAAUAGAAUAUGGAAAUGGGAGCACUGAACCUAGAAAUGAUUGGUGCAAUUGUGUGCUGCUGUCACUGUCAACUCUAGUCAACCUUCCUUUUUUAUUCACAAGUCUACAUGAAGUCUUCUGUACACUUCGGAUUUUGUACUAAAUUGGCCUUGCCUUUUAUUUUGGCUUCAUGUGUGAUGUUUCAAUUAUAGACAUGUGCAGUGUGCUAUUUUCUUCACUGCCCUUUCUGGGGAUUUUCCUUUUAGAAGCUUUUGGGCUUGUGUUCUGCUUUAGUUAGUUAAGAACUCCCCUCUAUGCCGUUUUCCUUUCAGUCAUUUCCACAUCAAUUGCUAAAAAAACCAGAAGGAAGUGAAGCAUUUUUUGCAUAUCAAACAGGGCUUCAAGGUGGAUUUGGGACUAACAAUUUCUCACCUUCUAAUGCCAUGCCUCAGCAGCCUCAAAAAUUUGUUGAUUUAGGUCAGCAGAGCUCCAGCCAGGGACAAGUUGCUGACCGGCAAAUGCUCAAUUACCAACAAGCAUACCUUCAAUAUGCUCUGCAGGCUCAACAAAAAUCUGCUUUGGCAAUGCAGUCACAGAAACAAUCUAAAAUGGGGAUCCCAGGCCCUUCAUCUGUGAAUGAUCGGGACAUGCAUACUGGAAAUCUGAAAAUACAGGACCUUAUGUCUAUGCAAGCUGUUAAUCAAUCCCAAGCAUCAUCCUCUAGGAAUUCAUCUGAACAUUUUGCUCAUGGGGAAAAGCAGAUGGAGCAAGGACAGCAGCUAGCAUUUGAUCAGAAGAGUGAAGGAAAGCCUUCAUCCCAAGGACCAGCCACUGGACACUUAAUGCCAGGAAAUAGUAUGAGGCCACCUGUGCAAGCACCACCAACGCAGCAGAGCAUGCUAAAUAUGUUGAAGGAUCCAUUACCAUUUACUAAGACUGCUCAAUAUCAGGCUAUGCAGGCAUGGGCAAGAAAUUUAUCUGAUCCUUCAAGAUGUCUUAAGAUGGCUCAGCUCAUUCCGCAGAUGCAAUCAAGAACAGUUCCACAACCAAAGGCAAAUGAUACUAAUGUUGGUACUCAGUCAUUACCAGUCAGUGUUUCAAACCCACAGGCUAGUUCUCCAACAGUUGCAAGUGAGAACACAACACAUACUAAUUCAUCUAAUGAUGUUUCUGCACAAUCAAGUUCUGCUAAAGCAAAGCAGACAGGUCCAUCUAACCAUUUUGGCCCACCAAUUAAUGCCAGUAUUGCUGGAAAUUCCAGUGAAGUUGCAUUGCCACAAUUCAAUCUUCAUGGCAGAGACUCGCAAGGUUCUUUGAGGCAACCAGCAGUAAAAAAUGGAAUGUCUUCUAUGCAUCCGCAGCAUGCUUGUGCAAGCUUAAACCUAGGUGCAGAUCAUCCUUUGAAUGCAAAAACUUCAUCAUCUAGUUCAGAACCUGUGCAGAUGCAGCACAUCAGGCAAUCAAAUCAAUCUGUUGUUCAGGAUGGAGGUCUGUCAAACGAAGGGGGUUCUAUAAAUCAUUCAAAAUAUCAAGGGGCACCAUCUCAGAUGCCUCAACAAAGAACUGCAUUUACGAAACAACAGCUUCAUGUUCUUAAAGCUCAGAUACUUGCAUUUAGACGACUGAAGAAAGGAGAAGGAACUCUUCCCCAAGAACUUCUUCGGGCCAUCAGUCCACCACCUCUUGAUUCACAAGUGCAGCAACCGGUUACUUCUGCAGGAGGGCAAAAUCAAGACCAAUCAGAAGUAACUGUGGCAGAACAGCCAAAGCAGAUGGAGUCCAUUGCCAAGGACUCACAAUCUAUCUCAUCUAUUAAUGCAAAGGGUUCUUCAAAGCAGGAAGUCUUUGCUAGAGAUGAGAAAUCCACAACAACAAUACAUGUGCAAGCUAUGCCUUUGGUGAUAAAAGAACCUGCUGGAAAGGAAGAGCAACAAUCUGUUGGUUGCUCUGCUAUGUCGGACCAGGAAGGUGAACAUGGAAUUAGACAAAUACCUGUUAGAAAUGAGUCGGUGUUAGAUAGGGGAAAGGCUAUUGCAGCCCAAGCUUCUGUUUCUGAACAAUUGCAAAAUAAUAAAACUGAACAAGCAAGCAUUGUUGCGCAGCCAAAGGAUGUGGGCCUCACCAGAAAAUAUCAUGGACCACUAUUUGAUUUUCCUUUCUUCACCAGGAAACACGAUUCCUUUGGUUCAUCAAUGAUGCUAAACCACAAUAAUUUGUCACUGGCAUAUGAUGUGAAAGAGCUUCUUUAUGAUGAAGGUGUGCAAGUCCUUAACAAGAAAAGGACAGAAAAUUUAAAGAAGAUUGAGGGUUUACUGGCAGUUAACUUAGAUAGGAAAAGAAUUAGGCCAGAUCUUGUGUUGAAGUUGCAAAUUGAAGAAAAAAAGCUUCGCCUUUUAGAUCUACAGGCACGUUUAAGGGAUGAGAUUGAUCAACAUCAAAAAGAGAUAAUGGCAAUGCCAGAUAGGCCAUAUAGGAAAUUUGUUAAGUUGUGCGAACGUCAGCGUAUGGAACUUGCUAGACAAGUGCAGGCAUCACAGAAAGCUUUAAGGGAGAAGCAACUGAAAUCUAUAUUCAAUUGGCGCAAGAAGCUUCUUGAAGCACACUGGGGCAUUCGUGACGCACGGACUGCUCGCAACCGGGGGGUGGCCAAGUAUCACGAGAAGAUGUUGAGAGAAUUCUCGAAACGUAAGGAUGAUGACAGGAGCAAAAGGAUGGAAGCCUUAAAAAACAAUGAUGUUGAUAGGUACAGGGAGAUGUUGCUGGAGCAGCAGAUUAGUAUCCCGGGUGAUGCUGCAGAGAGAUAUGCUGUUCUUUCAACUUUCUUAACCCAGACUGAAGAAUAUCUACAUAAAUUAGGAAGUAAGAUAACAGCUGCUAAGAGCCAACAGGAAGUGGAGGAGGCAGCAAAAGCUGCUGCAGCUGCUGCACGAUUGCAGGGUCUUUGUGAAGAAGAAGUCAGAGUCGCAGCAACUUGUGCUGGAGAGGAAGUGAUGAUUAGAAAUCAGUUUAUAGAGAUGAAUACUCCUAGAGACAGUUCAUCUGUCAACAAGUAUUACAGCCUUGCUCAUGCUGUGAGUGAAAGGGUUGUAAGACAACCAUCCAUGUUACGAGCUGGAACAUUGAGAGACUAUCAAAUGGUUGGUUUGCAAUGGAUGCUUUCUUUGUAUAACAACAAAUUAAAUGGAAUAUUGGCAGAUGAGAUGGGUCUUGGUAAAACCGUUCAGGUCAUGGCAUUAAUUGCGUACUUGAUGGAAUUUAAAGGGAACUAUGGCCCACAUCUUAUAAUAGUGCCAAAUGCUGUUUUGGUUAACUGGAAGAGUGAGUUGCAUACUUGGUUACCAUCCGUGUCAUGCAUUUUUUAUGUUGGAACAAAGGAUACAAGAUCAAAAUUAUUUUCUCAGGAGGUUAUGGCUAUGAAAUUUAAUGUCCUUGUGACUACUUAUGAGUUCAUCAUGUAUGACCGGUCAAAGCUUUCAAAAGUUGAUUGGAAGUAUAUCGUAAUUGAUGAAGCACAGAGAAUGAAGGAUAGGGAUUCAGUUCUAGCACGCGAUCUUGACAGAUACCGUUGUCAACGACGCUUGCUUCUGACAGGAACACCUUUGCAGAAUGAUUUGAAGGAACUCUGGUCACUUUUAAAUUUACUUCUUCCAGAGGUUUUUGACAAUAAGAAAGCCUUCCAUGAUUGGUUUUCAAAACCAUUUCAAAAGGAAGGUCCAAAUCAGAAUGCAGAGGAUGACUGGCUUGAAACAGAAAAGAAAGUCAUCAUUAUCCAUCGACUCCAUCAGAUUCUUGAGCCUUUCAUGCUUAGGCGUCGCGUUGAAGAUGUUGAAGGCUCUCUACCACCAAAGGUCUCCAUAGUUUUACGAUGUAAAAUGUCAGCUGUCCAGAGUGCCAUUUAUGACUGGGUUAAAUCCACUGGCACCCUUCGUGUUGAUCCUGAGGAUGAGAGAAGAAAGGUUUUGAAGAAUCCACUCUACCAGGCAAAGCCUUAUAAAACUUUAAAUAACAGAUGCAUGGAGCUACGCAAAACCUGCAAUCAUCCAAUGCUUAAUUACCCAUUUUUUGAUGAAUUUAUGGAUAGAGACUUUAUUGUACAAUCUUGUGGGAAGUUGUGGAUUUUGGAUAGGAUCCUUAUCAAACUUCAAAGGACUGGACAUCGAGUUCUGCUGUUUAGUACCAUGACAAAGCUCCUAGACAUCUUGGAAGACUAUCUGCAAUGGCGGAGACUAGUUUACAGGAGAAUUGAUGGGACAACAAGUUUGGAAGACCGAGAAUCAGCAAUAAUGGACUUCAAUAGGCCUGAUUCAGACUGUUUCAUCUUCUUGCUUAGCAUUAGAGCUGCUGGGAGAGGCCUUAAUCUUCAGUCUGCUGACACAGUUGUCAUUUACGAUCCUGAUCCAAAUCCUAAAAAUGAGGAGCAGGCUGUGGCCAGAGCUCAUCGGAUUGGACAAAAAAGGGAAGUCAAGGUUAUCUACAUGGAGGCUGUUGUUGACAAGAUCUCUAGCCAUCAGAAAGAGAACGAAUUGAGAAGUGGAGGCCUUGUUGAUAUGGAGGAUGAACUUGCUGGUAAGGAUCGAUAUAUGGGAUCUAUUGAGAGCCUCAUAAGGAACAAUAUUCAACAAUAUAAGAUAGACAUGGCUGACGAGGUCAUUAAUGCUGGACGUUUUGAUCAAAGAACAACACAUGAAGAAAGACGUUCAACUUUGGAGACUUUAUUACAUGACGAGGAAAGAUAUCAAGAAACUGUUCAUAAUGUUCCGUCACUACAGGAGGUUAAUCGCAUGAUUGCUAGAAGUGAAGAGGAAGUUGAACUGUUUGAUCAAAUGGACGAAGAACUGGAUUGGAGUGAAGAGAUGACACGGCAUGAUGAGGUGCCUAAAUGGCUUCGAACCAGCACAAGAGAAGUGAAUGCUGCUAUUGCUGCUUUAUCUAAAAGACCAUCAAAGAACAUUUUAUUUGGUGGCAGUAUGGGCGUGGAAUCUAGUGAAUUGGGUUCUGAAAAGAGAAGAGGACGACCCAAGGGAAAAAAGCUUCCUAAUUAUAAAGAGUUGGAGGAUGAUGAUAUAAUUGAGUGCUCUGAAGAAAGCUCUGAGGAAAGAAAUGGAUAUUCUGCACAUGAAGAAGGGGAGAUAGGAAAAUUUGAAGAUGAAGUACAUAGUGGGGGUGAUGGAGCUAAUCUCAUGGAAAAAGAUCAAGUCGAACAUGGUCCACCUUUUAAUGCUGGAUAUGAACUUCCUCGGUCUUUAGAAAAUGCUAAAAAUCACACAGUUGAAGAAGCUGGUACGAGAGGAUCAUCAUUAGAUAGUCAAAUAUUGACACAUACAGUGACACCAUCAGUUUACUCACGGAAAUUUGGUUCCCUCUCUGCAUUAGAUGCCAAGCCAAGUUCCAUUUCAAAAAGGGUAGAUGAGUUAGAAGAAGGGGAAAUUGCAAUAUCUGGUGGUUCUCACAUGGAUCAUCAACAAUGUAGAAGUUGGAUUCAUGAUCGUGAUGAAGGUGAGGAUGAACAAGUUCUGCAGCAACCCAAGAUCAAACGCAAACGUAGUCUACGUGUUCGACACCGUCCUGUCAUCGAAAGGCCUGAGGACAAAUCUGGCAUUGAGAUGGUUCCUCUUCAACGUGGAGAAUCAUCUCUUAUUGCAGACAAUAAAUAUCAAGGUCAAACAAGGACUGACCGAGAAUCAAAAUCACUUGUUGACAAUAAUGCCAGCAAGCAUGAUAAGGAUGAAUCUUCAUUGGAAAAUAAGCAAAAUUUACCUUCAAGGAAAGCAGCUAAUUCAUUCAAAUUACAUGGCUCACCUAAGUCUAAUCGUAUGAUCUGCUUGUCUGCUCCUUCAGAGGAUGGUGGUGAACACCCUAAAGAAAGUUGGGAAGGAAAGCCUAUCAACUCAGCUGGAUCUUCAGCUCAUGGCUCUAAGAUGACCGAAAUUAUUCAGAGAAGAUGCAAAAAUGUAAUUAGCAAAUUCCAAAGGAGAAUAGACAAGGAAGGCCAACAAAUUGUACCUUUGCUAUCAGAUUUGUGGAAGAUGGAGAAUUCUGGGUACACUGGCGGAUCAGGGAACAGUUUGUUGGAUCUACGAAAGAUUGAGCAGCAGAUUGAUGCAUUGGAGUAUAAUGGAGUAAUGGAGCUUGUGUUUGAUGUGCAGUUUAUGUUGAGGAGUGCGAUGCAAUUUUAUGGAUACUCAUAUGAGGUAAGAACUGAAGCAAGGAAGGUUCAUGAUCUCUUUUUUGAUAUUUUGAAAAUUGCAUUUCCCGAUACGGACUUUGCAGAAGCAAAAGGUUCCCUUUCUUUCUCCGGCCAAAUUGAUUCCAAUGCCAUAACAUCCCCUAGGCAAGGAAAUGUUUGCCCAAGCAAGAGGCAAAGGACAAUAAAUGAUGUGGAAACCGAUCAAUGCCCUGAACAAAAGGCUCCGAACCGUGGUUCCGGGUCUAACAGCGAAAAAGCCAGGAACAAAGGCCAUCCAUUGCAGAAGGAAUUGAGACCUGGAAGCGGUAGUGGUAGUGCCCGGGAGCAAUAUCAGCAGAAUAAUUCUUCUGCAUUAGUUCAUCCAGGUGAUCUGGUUGUAUGCAAGAAGAAAAGAAAUGACAGAGAAAAAUUAUUGGCGAAGCCUAGGACCACAUCCGCCGGUCCUGUUUCACCACCCAGUAUGGGUAAGAAUAGAAGUCCUGGGUCAGGUUCGACUCCCAAGGAUGCGAGGGUGUUUCAACAUACUUCAAAUGUGCAAGGGCGGUUUAGCCAGCCAUAUCAGCUGUCAAAUGGGUCUGGUGGGUUAGUUGGCUGGGCAAACCCGGUAAAGCGACUAAGAACAGAUUGUGGGAAGAGGAGACCAAGCCAUACAUAGAUUUUUUUUUUUAUUAUAAUUUUUCAAAGGAGACAAAGAUGGUAGAUAAUGGUAGAUAAUGAAAAUAGUGCUCAACUAGUUUCAGAAGAGUUUCAGUGGCCCUUACCAUUGGUAGAUUUUAGCUCACAUAAUAACUGUUAAUAUAGAGUAAAACCGUCCAUUGUAUUUUUCUAGCUACCUCAAUGAGUUAAAUUAUUACAAUGGUCAGCAAAAGUUCUUUGUAUGGAUAAAUCUGCAUCUUGCAGGAAUUGUUAUUCUUUAAAUAGCUGCUACUGAAACUCUUGUAUAGUAACAUGUUGGUCUAUAUUAGUCCAUUCAUGGAUUCAACUCUCCAAGCUCAUGUUUUCCCCCGCGUUCCAGCUUCCUAAUAA